AGUCGCUUAAAUGAUUACAGUUGUCUUACAAUAUUUAAUGCGUGGAAAGCCUUGAGCAUCACUGGUGCUUUCUUUGUGGAUACAGGAAGAACUUUCCAGUCCACACGACCAUCGCGUCAAACCCGUAGUUAACGAACAUGAUCAAAUUCAUAUACCGUAUCAAUGCAUGAAAUCAAGAUGAACCGGAAGAAGGACAAGGGAUUUGAGAGCCCGCGGCCUUUUAAAUUGACUCACCAGGUUGUCUGCAUCAACAACAUCAACUUCCAAAGAAAGUCUGUGAUUGGCUUUGUGGAGCUGACCAUCUUCCCAACUGUGGUCAACCUGAACCGGAUCAAACUCAACAGCAAGCAGUGCAGGAUCUACAGGGUCCGAGUCAACGACCUGGAAGCACCAUUCAUUUACAAUGACCCUACUCUAGAGGUCUGCCACCACGAGUCCAAGCAGAGGAACCUGAACUAUUUCUCCAGUGCCUACACAGCAGCAGUCAGUGCCGUGGACCCAGAUGCUGGACACGGCGAGCUGGUCAUCAAAGUCCCCUCGGAGCUGUGGAAGCAGGGAGACGAGAUGAAUGUGCUGAAGGUGUACAUCGAGUUCUCUCUGGACCAGCCUAAAGGAGGCCUUCACUUUGUGGUGCCUGACGUAGAGGGGAGCAUGGCUGAGAGAGGAGCACACGUCUUCUCCUUCGGAUACCAGAACUCCACAAGGUUCUGGUUCCCCUGUGUGGACUCGUACUCUGAGCUGUGCACCUGGAAGCUGGAGUUCACAGUGGAUGCCUCUAUGGUGGCUGUGUCCUGUGGGGACUUGGUAGAGACGGUCUACACCCAUGACAUGAGGAAGAAGACCUUCCACUACGUCCUCCCCAUCCCCACCGCCGCUUCCAACAUCUCACUGUCUGUCGGGCCCUUUGAGAUCCUGGUCGACCCCUACAUGCAUGAGGUGACCCACUUCUGUUUGCCCCAGCUCCUGCCCCUGUUGAAACACUCCAUGUCCUACCUGCAUGAGAUCUUUGAGUUCUACGAGGAGAUCCUGACCUGUCGAUAUCCUUACUCCUGCUUCAAGACUGUGUUUGUGGACGAGGCCUACGUCCAGGUGUCUUCCUACGCGUCCAUGAGCAUCUUCAGUACUAAUCUGCUCCACAGUGCCCUGAUCAUAGACCAGACCCCCCUGACCAGACAGUGUUUAGCUCAGGCUCUGGCCCAGCAGUUCUUUGGCUGCUUCAUCUCCAGGAUGUCCUGGGCUGAUGAGUGGGUGCUGAAGGGGAUCUCUGGCUACAUCUAUGGUCUGUACCUGAAGAAGACCUUUGGAGUGAAUCAGUACCGCCACUGGAUCAAAGAGGAACUGGACAAGAUGGUGGAGUAUGAGCUGAAGAUGGGAGGAGUUCUCUUACACCCGACCUUCGGUGGAGGCAAAGACAAGGACAAUCCUACCCCUCACCUCCACUUCUCCAUCAAGCACCCUCACACCCUGUCCUGGAAGUACUAUAAGAUGUUCCAGUGUAAAGCCCACCUGGUCAUGAGGCUCAUUGAGAACAGGAUCAGCAUGGAGUUCAUGCUGCAGGUGUUCAACAAGUUACUAAGCCUGGCCAGUACAGCGUCCUCGCAGAAGUACCAGUCACAUAUGUGGAGUCAGAUGCUGGUAUCCACCCACAGCUUCCUCAAGUCCAUCUCCAACGUGUCGGGGAAGGACAUAGGACCCCUCAUCAAGCAGUGGGUAGACCAGAGUGCGGUGGUGAAGUUCUUUGGCAGUUUUGCCUUCAACAGGAAACGGAACGUUCUAGAACUGGAGAUCCGACAGGACUACACCUCCUCUGGAACACAGAAAUAUGUGGGACCCAUCAAGGUGACAGUACAGGAGCUGGAUGGAUCCUUCAACCACACGCUACAGAUCGAAGAGAACAGUCUGAAGCACGACAUCCCCUGCCACUCCAAGAGCAGACGAAACAAGAAGAAGAAGAUCCCUUUGAUGAACGGGGAGGAGGUUGACAUGGACCUGUCUGCUAUGGAUGCGGAUUCUCCCUUGCUGUGGAUCCGGAUCGAUCCAGACAUGUCCAUCCUGCGUAAGGUGGAGUUUGAGCAGGCAGACUUCAUGUGGCAGUACCAGCUCAGGUACGAGCGGGACGUAGUGGCCCAGGAGGAGUCUAUUUUAGCCCUGGAGAAGUUCCCCACGCCGGCCUCCCGUCUGGCCCUCACUGACAUCCUAGAACAGGACCAGUGUUUCUACAAGGUCCGCCAGGGGGCCUGCUUCUGCCUCGCCAAGAUAGCCAACUCCAUGAUGAGCACGUGGACCGGUCCUCCAGCCAUGAAGUCUCUGUUCACCAGGAUGUUCUGCUGUAAGAGCUGUCCAAAUAUCGUCAAGACCAACACCUUCAUCAGCUUCCAGAGCUACUUCCUACAGAAGACCAUGCCUGUAGCCAUGGCUCAGCUCAGAGACAUCCAGAACCUCUGUCCCAAAGACGUCCUCAACUUCAUCCUGGACCUCAUCAAGUACAACGACAACAGGAAGAACAAGUUCUCCGACAACUACUACCGCGCCGAGCUGAUUGACGCCCUCACCAACUCCCUGACCCCGGCCAUCAGCAUCAGUAACGAGGUGCGCACCGUGGACAACCUCAACGGAGACGUACGUCUCAUCCUGGAGGAGAUCACACGCUCUCUGAACAUGGAGAAACUACUGCCCAGUUACCGCAACACCAUCACUGUCAGUUGUCUCAGAGCUAUCCGGAUGCUUCAGAAGAAUGGUCAUAUUCCCAGUGACCCCUCUCUGUUUAAAUCCUAUGCAGAAUACGGACACUUUGUGGAUGUGCGUGUCGCAGCACUGGAAGCUGUGGUGGACUACACAAGAGUUGACAGGAGCUCCGUGGAACUGCAGUGGCUGCUCAACAUGGUCCAGAAUGACCCGGCUCACUACGUCAGACACAAGAUCCUAAGCAUGCUGGGUAAAAACCCUCCCUUCACCAAAGCAGCCGAGUCUCCACUCUGCAACGAGGCUCUGGUCGACCAGCUGUGGAAACUCAUGAACUCAGGUACGUCUCAUGACUGGCGGUUGCGGUGUGACGCUGUGAAUCUGUACUACACUCUGUUUGGUCUGACGCGUCCCUCCUGCCUGCCUCUGCCCGAGCUGGGCCUGGUACUCAACCUCAAGGAGAAGAAGGCCGUCCUCAACCCCACUAUCAAGCCUGAACAGGGACCAGACACCACAGAGAUGACUGGCAACACCAUGGGCGUUCACAUCCCUGUCAUGGGCUUCACUAGCAGUCUGGAUGAGGGCCUGAUCACCAUGGAGACAGUGUCCAGCGUGUCUAUGUCCAGUGGCGUGGCCCCGCCCCCUCAGGGUCUGAAGAGGAAGUUGGACAGUGUAGUUGGCCCGCUGGGCUCGUCCCCACCGGAGCCAGGCCAGGUACUGCAGGAAGAGGACAGCAGUAAAAAAUUCAAGAUCAGAUUUAACACCAUGGAGGAAGAUGAGAUUGACAUGGAGAGUCCCCAUGACAGCCAGGCGUUCAUCCACCACCACCUCAACAUCCUGGAGAGGCCGUCCACACCAGGUAAGGAACCUCCAGCCGUGGACCAGGCCGUCCUCUCCCUGCCUGUCACCCCCUUACCUUCUUCCUUCAGCAAAGAGUCCACCUCUUCCUCCAAACACAGCGGUCAUCACCACCACCACCACGAGCACAAGAAGAAGAAGAAGAAGAAGCACAAACAUAAACACAAACACAAACAUGAGAGUAAAGACAAGGAGAGGGACUCCCAUGCCUUCAGUAACAGCCCUGCUAGUGGACGCUCCGUGAGGUCACCAUCCAUGUCUGACUAGAACACAGCUCUGUCUCCUGGUUGGUCCUUCAGUAACAGCCCUGCUAGUGGACGCUCCGUGAGGUCACCAUCCAUGUCUGACUAGAACACAGCUCUGUCUCCUGGUUGGUCCUUCAGUAACAGCCCUGCUAGUGGACGCUGCGUGAGGUCACCAUCCAUGUCUGACUAGUACACAGCUCUGCCUCCUGGUUGGUCCUUCAGUAACAGCCCUGCUAGUGGACGCUCCGUGAGGUCACCAUCCAUGUCUGACUAGAACACAGCUCUGCCUCCUGGUUGGUCCUUCAGUAACAGCCCUGCUAGUGGACGCUCCGUGAGGUCACCAUCCAUGUCUGACUAGAACACAGCUCUGCCUCCUGGUUGGUCCUUCAGUAACAGCCCUGCUAGUGGACGCUCCGUGAGGUCACCAUCCAUGUCUGACUAGAACACAGCUCUGUCUCCUGGUUGGUCCUUCAGUAACAGCCCUGCUAGUGGACGCUCCGUGAGGUCACCAUCCAUGUCUGACUAGAACACAGCUCUGCCUCCUGGUUGGUCCUUCAGUAACAGCCCUGCUAGUGGACGCUCCGUGAGGUCACCAUCCAUGUCUGACUAGAACACAGCUCUGCCUCCUGGUUGGUCCUUCAGUAACAGCCCUGCUAGUGGACGCUCCGUGAGGUCACCAUCCAUGUCUGACUAGAACACAGCGCUGUCUCCUGGUUGGUCCAGAGCUGUGAAGCAUCAGCCUCAAGACUAGACUCCAACUGUCAGUGGUUCAACUCCUCUGAAUAGACCUUACUGGUUUGCUGCAUGUCAACUAGCCUGGAAUCCACACUAAAUAUUGCUGUUUCACUGUUUGAAUCGGAGCUCUGUUUAGUUUGGAUUUGGAAAAUGGAGCAAUAUUCAGUGUGGAUCCACGGCUGGCCCUGCAGUCAGUGUAGGUCGAGGGGGGGAAAGGGGGGAGCCUAACCGACAUUCUGUGACGUCUUCAUUAACCACACAGAGAGGCAGACCUGUGAGCCUCUCCAGAAGGGAGCCCUUAGGUUUUAAAAGCAUCCCAGUCUCCAAUCACCUUAACCACACACAUACACACCCACCACACACACACACUUCUGAGAACCACACGUCUCCUACCAUCAUCAACAACAUUUUCAGUUAGUGGCUGUCCUCACAAGGGAACCUCUUCAGCCUGUUGAACCCGGUCUCACAGACUGCCUCUAGUCUUUCCCCGGGUUGUAUUACGUUGCCCCGGACAUUGAAUUACAGGUUUACUUUAACCCUGCAAUUAAACUAAGAGGGGAAAUUCCACUCUCAUUCAGAGAGCCGAUCAAUGCAAAGGUGGUAGAAUCAAGAAUGAGAUGUUUCUAAACAUUUAGGAUGUAGAAUUUAUAGUCAAAUAUAAAUUAUUAGGCUGACCUGCAGUAGACCAUGACUGUUUACGUUCUAAACCGCACCCUAUUUGCUAUAUAGUACACUACGUUUGACCAGGACCCAUACGGCUCUGGUCAAAAGUAGUGCACUUCAUUGGGAAUAGGGUGCCAUGACUAAUAGACUAAUCGCUGUCCUGUAUGACAUCACCAUACUGAAGAGUCAUUGGGUUGUUCCAUACCUGCCCUGUAUGACAUCACCAUACUGAAGAGUCAUUGGGUUGUUCCAUACCUGUUUCUAUUGCAUUCAUAUGGCACUGUUUCUACCCAUGCAUGUUUUAACUGUUAAGUCAUUAGAUUGUGUCCUUCUUGUCCCUUACCCAAUCAGUAACUAGAUUGUGGAUGGUCUCCUUGUCCCUCACCCAAUCAGUAACUAGAUUGUGGGUGGUCUCCUUGUCCCUGACCCAAUCCGUAAGUGUUCUUUAUAUUCAUUAUGUACUGCAGUUGUGUUGGAACCUUUUCUUCCCGGACAUGACUACAUCAUAAAGAUGUUGGAAAAUAAAGCUUCUGAAGGCAAGAA